AGCGUGCUGAGAUCAGUUCAGUUGCUGUGUGCUUGUAACUCCCUCCACAGCACUUCAGUGAUCGUGUGCUCCUAGCCCUGACCACGGCCCUUAUAUGGUAGUAUGCUCACAGCCCUGACCACAACAAUUCAGUGAUAUCUUGCUCAAAGCCUCAGCCCAGCACUUCAGCGAUAGUGUGCUUGUAGCCCUCACCACAACACUUCAGUGACAAGCGUGCUUGUAGCCCUCACCACAACACUUCAGUGACAAGCGUGCUUGUAGCCCUCACCACAACACCAGUGACAAGCGUGCUUGUAGCCCUCACCACAACACUUCAGUGACAAGCGUGCUUGCAGCCCCCACCACAAUAACCACUACGGAUCAAGAUGGUGAUAUUACCAAUCCACAUCUUUAUUUUGUACCUCGUCAUGAGUGCAGUUCUGCAUGUGAGGAGCACUUUUUUGGGUAUUACAUACGAGUCAAGAUGCCCCAACUCUGACGAUAUUUUUCCAUGUAAGUGUCUGCCGGAAGACGAUACCAUUGACUGCUCAGAGGGGAGUGAGGAAGAGCUGGCACAAGCGUUCAGUGCAAAUUUCCCCAAUCUCAACUUCAACAUGCUGACUAUAGUGAACAACACCAACCUGACGGUGCUAAGAGACGGUACCUUUGGCAAUGCUACGUUCCAGGUGGUGCAUAUAAGGAACGGCGUCCUAGAGGAAAUCGAACCCAAUGCUUUAUCUGCCAGUUUCUCUACGGCCCAUGAGCUAAUGUUCACCGAUAACAACAUAACAAAGUUUCCAUUUCAAAUUCUGCCGAUGUUCACCAGGCUCUCUGUUAUGAACCUCAACGGGAACAACCUGCAGGAGUUCCCCAAGAUAGAAUCGAAGACACUGCAGUGGAUAGAGCUAGGUUUCAACCCUCUCGGUCACAUGCCUAACAACUCGUUUCUCAAGACACCCUCGCUCGUCCUCCUUCACCUCCGUGGAGCACAACUUGAAGAGAUAAUCCCAGGAACUCUGGCCAACCUGCCUCACCUUGAGUAUGUGACGCUCGCCAACAACUACCUCACCAGACUACCUGAAGAUACAGUCGUUUUCACGGACUCUCACGCCUUGCUCAACUUUGCCUACAAUAACAUCAGCACCGUCUCCGUCGGCGCCUUCCGAGGUAUGACUUCAGGCACCGUGUAUGUGAGCUACAACCAGCUGGAGACCCUGGACGAGGAGGUGUGGAGGCCACUACUAGAAUUGGAGAUCUUCGUCGAGGCUUCAGGUAACCCGCUCAUCUGUGGCUGUGACGUGGCCUGGUUAGCUCGUAACGUCAACUUCCUCUUCCUGUUCAGCUACAACACAAUGUGUAUCGAUGGAACGUAUCUGCGAGACCUGGACCCAGCAUCCUUCGAACAGUGCUAAUAUUAAAGCUCGUAUAUGAAGAGUUAAAGAGUUCAUUAUGCGUGCAGAUGAUCUACUGAGUCACGAGAACAUCAGAAAUAUCCUUAUAGCACUUGUUUUGAGAUCUUAGUAAAGGUUGAUGUCAGCCAACAAAUCGUAUAGUGAAAACUAAGGUCUUCUGACGGCCCAGGAAUUCUUGAUUCCUCACUUUAUUCUUUAAGAUAAGCUAUUUUUGUAUGACCCGUAAGGGUCAUAACACAGCGCUUGGGAAAUAUGAGAUGAUCAGGUUUGAUCCGAGGAGAGUAUCCCCAACUCUGCAUCAAGCUCUCUUUAUCCUUGCAGGACUAAGAAUUAGUUUGAAGCGUUUUAUACUAUUUCUGAGGAUUCUGAAGUCUUCCUUAAUGCUCUGGAGAGACUUGCUAGGCUCGUCGACCGGCACUGCUAGGCUCGUCGACGGUAUUGCUAGGCUCGCCGACCAGUACUGUUAGGCUCGUCAACCAGUAUUGCUAGGCUCGUCGACCAGUACUGCUAGGCUCGUCGACCAGUAUUGCUAGGCUCGUGGACAGGUACCAGCUCUCCAGUUGAUCUGCGAGGGACAAUGUGUAGACUCUAGAGAUCACCUGUGAGGCUGAGGGGCUUUUAAAAUCUAAAAGGUUGAAUCUGACUUCCCUUUGCUUUCCAUACGGGUUUAGCGCGCUCUCCUACAGUAACAAAAAUUAUACUGAAUUAACGUACCUUCAUUUUAUUGUU